AUGAAGUUCGUUAACCUUCGUGUGGUGUUUGUCGGUGGUACGCUACUCACCACAUCCAACGGCGUCUCGGGAACCCGUGGCUCGAAAUUCGCGAUACCUGGCGAUGCCACUCACGAGGAAGACUUACCCAGGCGACUGCUGAGGGGCCACGCGGCCAUUCUGGGCAACGAAGAAGAGCGUGUUGUGGAUUUCACGAUGAUGGGCAACACGCUAGGUACCGUUUUGGGCUUGCUGGAUGAGUUUCUGGCAGCACUUGUCACGAGAAAUCACGCCUUGCGGCCGUCGGUCAUGGAGGUGCCCCAAGACUCCGGCGUCCUUCGAGGGUAUCAUGGCGUUUCCAACAGAAGACCAUCUCCACUUGACGACAACGUGGUGCUGCCAUCAACGGGACAAAUGAUGGACGAGCACUAUAUCGCCUUCAAGAACGAGUACGAUACGUAUAAAAGCAAGAACCCGUCGGCAACAAUUGACGAACAGGUCAAGCAUUUGCUAGGUAAAGUGUUCCAGCGUCCCGGCACGAUCAAUUCUGCAAUAUUGCUUCAACUAGCACGUGAAAAAGAAGGUGUUGACACGGCGGUCCUGGACGCCAUCGAGAAGGUGCAAUUCGAGAGGUUAAAAGAUUUUCAUCUUGACGAGCUGCGAGUGGGUUGGACGAGCCCUUUUGUUAUUCCGUCCGAUGAUUCCCGCGUCUUAAACUUCAUCAACGCCUUCCUGGGCGACCUCGAAAAGCACCGUCUCAAGGAGAAGGUAAAGAGCCUGAGCUAG